CUUCGUUUGGUGGCGCCUGUUGCUUCAGGGUUUGGCCGCAGCACGCAGGAUGUCGGGCCUGAAGAAGCUUGUGCCCCUGCUUGACCGCGUGCUGGUGGAGAAGAUCACGCCUCCUGCCAAGUCUGUGGGAGGCGUGCUGCUGCCGGAGUCGGCCGUGCAGAAGAUCAACUCCGCCACCGUCGUCGCCGUCGGCCCGGGCCGGAGAACAAACACCGGCGAGCUGGUGCCCGUGAGCGUGAAGGAAGGGGAUAAGGUGCUGCUGCCCGACUAUGGCGGCACCACGGUCAAGCUGGAGGAGAAGGAGUUCCACCUGUACCGUGACGACGAGAUCCUUGGCGUGCUGACGGAGUGACCCGCCUUGCUCACGCAGCACAUGCCCAGUAGCAGCAGCAGCAGCGGCGGCAGCGGCCCGCGAGCUCAGCGGCAGAAGGAGGCGCCGCCGCCAAGCCAUUCACCUCUGUCGGACCCUUCCCAACGCCAAAGGGCUUGCGUCUCUCGAUUUCAUUCCCUCGCACAUUACCCUAGCAUGCCCAGCAUGAUCCCUUUCCAGCUCCCUCCCACCUUGCCCGCCUCUCUGGUACGCGGCCAUUCUGCGCCCUAGGCAGCCCUGCUCUCAAACACACUGAGUGUAACCACAUAAACCUCA